ACUAAAUAAGAUGUCAUUUCGGAAAUGAAGCGUUCUGUCAAAAACUAUCAAUUUUGAAUCAAAGCCCAUAGUUUUGCGAAAAUUCGAGCAAAAUGUCCAUUGAACUAUCUAAAGGAGCACUUGCGACAAUCAUGCAAGGGGGAGACUACAUAGAACCCAUAGUUCAAGUACUCAGUAUUAAGAGAAUGAAUUCUGGAACUGGACAACCGGACAAAGAUAAGUUCCGAGCUCUUCUCUCUGAUGGACAGUGCACAGUGUCGUUUGCUAUGAUGACGGCGCCAGUUUAUGCCAGGGCAGGGGAAAAUGGUUUGGCAAAAUUUUCUAUCAUCAAAAUUGUUCGCUUUAUUACCAGUGUUAUUAACAAUACUGAAGGCAAAGAUAGCCGGGUCUUGCUUAUUCUCGACCUAACAGUUUUAAAAGAUGGGAACGAACUGGGCGAAAAAAUUGGAAAUCCAGUUUCAUAUAGUCAGUUGAAUGUGGGUCCCUCAACUAAUUAUCAUCAAUCGUCGGCUAAUGCUAUUCAAGCCGCCGGAUCUCCAAGCAAAAAACCGAGGCUAUCGGUCCCAUUUAAUGCUAAUUGUGGAACAUCUUCCAGCCGAGCUGUUUAUGCAAUAUCGAGUUUGAGUCCCUUUCACAACAAGUGGAUUAUUAGAGCUAAAGUAAUAAACAAAAGCGAUAUUAGAAAGUGGGAAAACAGUAAAGGAGUGGGUCAGUUAUUUAGUUUUGAAAUAGCCGACGAAAGCUCUGAAAUAAAGUGUACAGCAUUUAAAGAGCUGGUUGACCAAUUCUAUGACGUGGUGCAGGUGGACAAAAUUUAUUACAUCUCCAAAUGUCAAAUCAAAAUUGCAUCAAAACAAUUCAAUACUGUUAAAAAUGAUUAUGAAAUUUAUCUUACACCGGACACCGUUAUCGAGGAGUGUUUUAUGUGUGAUUUGCCGCAAAUCCCAACUAAUUUCAAUUUCGUUGAGAUUCGUAGAAUUGCCGACUUGCAUGCUAACGAACUUAUUGAUGUUAUUGGCGUGGCAAAAUCAACUAGCGAUCUUCAAAUAUUUACUGCAAAAUCGUCGGGGCGAGAGAUUAAAAAACGAGAUGUACAACUAGUGGACCAAUCGAAAACAGUUGUAACUCUUACCCUUUGGGGUGGCCAAGCAGAAAAUUUCAACGGUAAUGGAAAUCCGGUAAUUAGUUUGAAAAAUGCAAAGAUUCACGAAUUUCUGGGCGGCAAAUCUUUGUCCACAAUAUCAUCUACCCAGAUGAGGAUUAAUCCUGAAACUAAGGAAGCCUUUCUUCUUAAAGCUUGGUAUGAAUCAGAAGGAGCGCGUAUCACCAACGCUUAUAAUAUUAGUGUGCAGACUGGUGGAGGAAAUUCUGCAUUUAAUCCACCUUGGAUGUGUUUUAAAGAGGUUUCAGGCCAACAGUUGGGUCGGAAUUCCGAUAAAGCAGAUAGCUAUCAGGUUAAAGGUACCAUUCUUCUCAUCAAGGGUGAACGAUUGGUAUACAAAUCUUGUCCCGGCCCAGAUUGUCAGAAGAAAGUUAUUGAUAACAGCAACGGCACUUAUACGUGCCAAAGUUGCAACAAAAGUUUCAACAGUUUUAAGUUUAGAAUCUUAUGCAAUAUGAAUGUUUGCGAUUGGAGCUCCAACCAGUGGAUGACAGUAUUCAACGAUGAAGCUGAGAAAAUCUUGGGGCUAACCGCACUUGAAGUUGGGCAACAGGCAGAAACUGAUCCCGACGGAUUAAAUGACACGUUAGAAAAAUGCAUGUUUAAGGAAUGCAUUUUACGAUGCAGAGUGAAAACGGAAACUUACAAUGAUGAACAGCGUGUUAAGACCGUAGCGUUCAGAGCAGACCCAAUAAAUCAUUCGGAAUAUAACGCUCACCUAGUCAAUAAUAUCAAGAAACUGGCUAGGUUGUCUUAAAUUAGUCAUCCUCAUUGCAUUAGUUUGUAGACAAGUUAACGGUAUUAGUUAAUCUCGAAAUGUAUUUCUGUUCACUACCGGUUGAAUGGUUAUUAGUUUACUGUUUUGUUCACAAAAUGAGAAUUAUCCGUUGUUUAAUUGUAUAGGAACUAUAAUAAGUUGCCAGAUAUUUCUGUAAACAGUUAGACAAACAUGAAGAAAUUAUAUGCCGAUAUGAUAUCCGCUAAUGUUGUUAAUAAAAAUAUUUCGUUUUCA